CUCUAACCGCCAGCAUCAGAAAAGCUAGGAGAGCUAGCUCCUCGUCGACCCUUCCCCGCCCAAGCCGCCGCCGCCGCCUCUGCCGGUCUGGGCCACGCCGCUGGCCUGGCCUCCACCGCCACCAUCCCCGACCUCGCCGCAUCUUCUAUUCCCGCACUCGCGCGCCAACUCCGCGAUCCUCACGAGCGGGCAGCGGAUGAUGACCUCCGUCGCGCUCGCGCCGCGGGCUAGGUGUUCGACGGAAUGAUGCGCCGGGAAGCGGCGGCCUCGCUGCACCGGUCUCUCGCCUGGUUCGUCGAGCAUGACGGCACGGAGAGGACCCUCUCGCUCGUCGCGGUGAAGGCGAGGCAGCACGGAGCCCUGGGCCCGGCGGACCUCGCGUGCGCCCUGCGAACGUGCAGGGGGCGGGGCGAUCGCUGGCCGCGUGUGCUGGAGGUCCACGCGACGUCAGUGGUGCGUGGGCUCGGGGGUGACCGUCUCAUUGGCAACCUGCUGAUCGAUCUGUACGCGAAGAAUGGGCUCCUGCAGCGGGCAAGGCAGGUGUUUGAGGGUCUGUCUGCCAGGGACCAUGUCUCGUGGGUGGCAAUGCUGUCCGUGUACGCACAGAAUGGUCUGGGAACAGAAGCUCUCAGGUUGUUUCGCCAGAUGCAUCGAUCCGCAGUUGUUCCGACUCCGUAUGUUCUGUCCAGUGUGCUGAGUGCUUGCACUAAGGCAGAGUUUUUUGCACAAGGUCGGCUGAUCCAUGCCCAAGUUUACAAGCAAGGAUUCUGUUCGGAGACCUUCGUGGGGAAUGCGCUUAUUGCUCUCUACUUACGAUAUGGAUCAUUUAAGCUAGCUGAAAGGGUAUUCUCUGACAUGCCGUUCUGUGACAGAGUGACGUUCAAUACAUUGAUCUCAGGACAUGCUCAGUGUGAACAUGGUGAGCGUUCUUUGGAGAUCUUUGAUGAGAUGCAGUCGUCAGGGUUGAGGCCUGACUGUGUGACAGUAGCUAGUCUGCUUGCAGCCUGUGCCUCCGUGGGGGAUCUUCAAAAGGGAAAACAACUCCAUUCAUAUUUACUGAAAGCAGGUAUGUCUAUGGAUUACAUAACUGAAGGCUCACUCCUCGAUCUCUAUGUGAAAUGUGGUGACAUUGAAACAGCCCAUGAGAUCUUUGAUUCAGGUGAUAGGACGAAUGUGGUACUAUGGAAUCUAAUGCUUGUGGCAUAUGGGCAGAUCAGUGAUCUAGCAAAAUCCUUUGAAAUCUUUUGUCAGAUGCAAGCUGCUGGUAUUCGCCCCAACCAAUUCAGCUACCCGUGCAUUCUGAGGACUUGCACUUGCAGUGGUCAAAUUGAACUUGGAGACCAGAUUCAUUCAUUAAGCAUAAAAAAUGGCUUCGAAUCUGACAUGUAUGUUAGUGGUGUACUGAUAGAUAUGUAUUCCAAAUAUGGGUGGCUUGAUAAAGCUCGCAGAAUUCUUGAAAUGCUUGGAAACAAAGAUGUGGUCUCAUGGACUUCCAUGAUUGCUGGAUAUGUGCAGCAUGGCCUUUGUGAAGAGGCUCUUGCAACAUUCAAAGAAAUGCAGAAUUUUGGAAUUUGGCCAGAUAACAUAGGACUAGCUAGUGCCGCAAGUGCUUGUGCUGGAAUCAAAGCAAUGCGCCAGGGCUUGCAGAUUCAUGCUCGGGUUUAUGUGUCUGGUUAUUCAGCUGAUGUUUCAAUUUGGAACACGUUGGUAAACCUGUAUGCAAGAUGUGGAAGAAGCGAAGAAGCUUUCUCUUUGUUUCGGGCAAUUGAACGUAAGGAUGAGAUUACAUGGAAUGGAAUGGUCUCCGGUUUUGGACAAAGUGGUCUAUAUGAACAAGCUCUCAAGGUAUUCAAGCAGAUGGGCCAAGCAGGUACCAAGUACAAUGUGUUCACAUUUGUUUCCUCUAUAAGCGCUUCUGCUAACCUUGCAGAUAUAAAACAAGGAAAACAAGUACAUUGUAGAGCUAUUAAGACAGGGCACACCUCUGAAACUGAAGUUUCUAAUGCUUUGAUUUCACUAUAUGGAAAGUGUGGAAGUAUUGAAGAUGCCAAAAUGGAGUUUUCUGAAAUGUCUGAGAGGAAUGAGGUGUCAUGGAAUACUAUCAUCACAAGUUUUUCACAGCACGGACAUGGACUAGAAGCUUUGGGUUUAUUUGAUCAAAUGAAGCAAGAAGGUCUAAAACCAAAUGAUGUCACAUUCAUAGGCGUGCUAGCUGCUUGCAGUCAUGUGGGUUUGGUUGAGGAAGGCCUUAGACACUUUAAAUCCAUGUCUAAUGAGUAUGGACUUACUCCAACACCUGACCAUUAUGCUUGUGUUGUGGAUAUUCUUGGACGAGCUGGUCAACUUGAUCGUGCAAGGAGAUUUGUUGAGGAAAUGCCAAUAGCCGCUGAUGCAAUGGUUUGGAGAACCCUUCUCAGUGCUUGUAAAGUACACAAGAACAUAGAAAUUGGGGAGCUUGCUGCCAAACAUCUAUUGGAGUUAGAGCCUCAUGAUUCAGCGUCCUAUGUCCUUCUUUCAAAUGCAUAUGCUGUUACUGGAAAGUGGUCCAAUAGGGAUCAGGUCAGAAAGAUGAUGAAAGAUAGAGGAGUAAAAAAGGAACCAGGUCGUAGUUGGAUUGAGGUAAAGAGUGCAGUUCAUGCAUUCUUUGCUGGUGAUCGGUUGCACCCCUUGGCUGACCAGAUAUACAGAUUUUUAGCUGAUCUAAAUGAUAAGAUAGCCAAAAUAGGGUACAAACAAGAUAAUUACCAUCUCUUCCACGAAAGAGAGCAAGAACAGAGAGAUCCCACUUCCUUCGUCCAUAGUGAGAAGUUAGCUGUUGCUUUUGGGUUAAUGAGUUUGCCUCCUUGUAUGCCCCUUCGGGUGAUUAAGAAUCUUCGUGUCUGCAAUGACUGCCACAAUUGGAUGAAAUUUACCUCUGAUGUCACAGGAAGAGAAAUUGUAUUAAGGGAUGUGUACAGAUUUCACCAUUUCACCAAUGGCAGUUGUUCAUGUGGAGACUUCUGGUGAAUUAUAUGCUGUGUUCAUUUCCAAUGUUUCCAUUUGUGCUUAUUAUGAUGCCACGUUAAGUAUUUUAAGUGGGACCUACAAAAGUUCUUUCGCUUUUACAUGUACAUCUGACAUUGCAACUGAGCAGAUAAAGCAACGUUGAGAGCUUCGGAUCAGGUAAGGUGAGACAUUUGUUGCACUACAAGCAACCUUGCUUCAUUGGAAGAGAGGGUGACUGAGUAGUUGCCGGCAAGCAGGGAAGAUUGGUCCCUGCCACUCCGGCUGGCCGGCCGCUUCCCCAGCCCACAGGGUCACAGCCGGACCUAGCUGUCACCCUCACCGCUCCAGGCCGACACCUCCCCAACUCACAGCUGAUAAUUCCCCAGUCCCCAGCAGAGUAUGUGCUUUUAGCCAACCUUGUACUCCCACGUCGGUGCUGAGGACCGUAAUAUAUAUCCACGGUAACAUAUAAAAUGAGAACGCUAGUCGUAGUAGUACUACCUCCGGGCCAUGGCCGAACAAGUGGUUA